AUGGCAAAGCGCCGACUUGAAGAUGCAAUUGUUGCUUCUCGUGCACUCACUGUUGGAAUUACAUUAAUUGAUAAUUUUCGUAGUGCAACAAGUUUAUUUUCUCAUGAUGUACAAAUGAAUGCUGGUGUUUUUUCAUUGCGUUUCUCCGAUGAACUUGAUCAAAUAGCAGUCGGUUAUGGUGAUGGUUCAAUUCGUUUUUUCUCUGUAACAAAUGGUAAACAAACAAAUGAAUUUCUUCCUACUAGUUUACCAAAAGUUGAACGUUUACGUCGUCUAUCAAUGGAGUUACCUAUAAUGUCACUUAAAUGGCAUCCACUUGCAACAAAUCGUUUGUAUGCUGCAUGCGUUGAUGGUACUGUGCGACAGGUUGAUAAAGAAAAAAAUGAAUUAAGUGUUAUUGCAUAUGAACCUGAUAAUGAAUUGACAUCAAUGGAUUUCUCACCUGAGGGAAAACGUUUUGUUACUGUCGGUAAAGAUGCACACAUACGUAUAUAUGAUAGUGAAAGAUGCUUACUUUUACAUAAAUAUAAUAACCAACGUAAUGAUACGCAAUUAGCACAAAUGCGUGGCACACGAGAUAGGAGUGGAGACGAUCUAACGUGUACGACUGGUCAUUACUAUCGAGCAUUUGCAUGCAAAUUCCAUCCAGAUCAUAAAGAUAUUUUAUUUACAGCUGGUUGGGAUAAUGUUGUAAAACUUUGGGAUACUCGUCAAAAAGAAGCUAUGCCGGAAGCUAUUGUUGGACCACAUAUUUGCGGUGAAGGUAUUGAUGCACGUGGAAAUGAAAUAUUAACUGCAUCAUGGACACGUCGUGAUUCACUUCAAAUUUGGGAUUUUCGAACCAUGGGUCUUUUAACUACUCUUAACGUACCGAAUGCUGCUGAUGAUAAAGGGGAAUUUAUGUAUUCAGCUCAAUUAUGCGACAAUCGAACAGUAUUGGCUACUGGUAGUGGCACAUGUGCUUGUCAUGUGAUUAAUAUUGAUACAAAUCAAGAAAUAGCUCGUUUACCAUUAUCAAAAGCUAUCUACUCACUUGAUUCAAUGUUAGGUGGACGAGUUUUUGCUUUUGGUGGCCUUGACAAAUUCAGUUUGGCACAUAUGAAAGAUAGUUAA